UCUAGCAGUGCGACUGCAAGAAACACUGUUCACCCGCAGAGCGGCGCGUAAAGGAGCAUCCGUUUCAGUUCCCUUUCUUCCACGCCCUCGUAAACGUUGUAAACAAGCAUUUAUCUGAAGACUUGUCAGCCCAUUAUCGGCGUGACUAUGUGGAUUCAGAUUCGGACUAUAGAUGGGAAGGAAACCCGAACCAUUGAGGAUCUGUCCCGACUAACCAAAAUAGAGUCGUUGAGACAGAAAAUUCAAGCGAUUUUCGAUGUUAGCCCGGAGCAUCAGCGCCUAUUCUACAGAGGGAAACAGCUGGAAGAUGGCCAGACGCUGUUCGACUACAACGUGGGCCUCAACGACAUCGUUCAGCUCCUGAUCCGCUCAAAGACUGACCCGUCAGACAGCCCAAUCCGACCUCCCCCCCAAGAAGAUAGCCCGGCUCCAGCCGACUCACCCCCCUGUCCAUCCACCACCAAUACCACCACCACCACCACCAAACCUCCAGCAACCCCAACCUCCACCUCCAAACCCACCACGGUAAACAUCAACAACAACAACAACAGCAGCAGCAGCAGCAACAGCAACAGCAACAACAGUAGCGGUAACAGCCAACAGACGUCGGCGGCUUUCAGUCCACCGACAGACAGUCAUCCGCAGCCUUCCACGUCCAGCAAGUCCUUCCUGAUUGACCCAGGAAUUGGCGCGUACAAGAUAAACGAGUUGGUGGACUGCAGAGACGUCAGCAUUGGUGCGUGGUUUGAGGGGACCAUUGAGAAUGUCACCCGCGGCAACAAAGGACAGAAGAACAAAGGUGCCUCCAAAGGUGCCAAUCAAAGCAGCCCAAGGACUAAUGGCAAAAUAGAGGCUGCUGGCCAGAGUGUAGCAGGCUCGGACACUAACUGCAACUCUGUGCCAAACUCGGACACUAGUGAGCCCUCCACCUCCCAGACGGACUCUGCACUCAUCAAGGAUGAGCUGGUCUACCAUAUCAAAUAUGAGGACUACCCAGAGAAUGGCGUGGUGGAGAUGAAUCCAGAGGAUGUGCGGCCGCGUGCGCGUACAGUUCUCCCCUUCAGCCAGCUGUGGUUGGGGCAGGUGGUGAUGGUGAACUACAACAUAGAGAUUCCGGAGGAGAGGGGCUUUUGGUAUGAUGGAGAGAUCACUGUGCUCAAUGAAAAGUCAAGGACAAACAAAGAGGUCAGAGUGAAGAUCCUUCUCGGAGGCCCCGGCGAUGUUAUUGAAGACUGCAAGGUCCUCUUUCUUGACGAGAUCUAUCAGAUUGAAGGAGCAGGCACUCCUGCACUCUCUCCGUCGGAUGGAAAUUUCAAGCGGAAGAGCGGGCCUGAGUGUAAGCACUGCAAGGCGGAGCCCGAUGUGGAGUGCCGCUUCUGCUCGUGCUGUGUGUGCGGGGGCAAGCAGGAUGCUCACAUGCAGCUGCUGUGUGACGAGUGCAAUAUGGCCUUCCAUAUCUACUGCCUCAACCCGCCCCUCGCCACCAUCCCCGAGGACGAGGACUGGUACUGCCCCACGUGCAAGAAUGACACGGAUGAGGUGGUGAAGGCUGGUGAGAAGCUGAAGGCCAGUAAGAAGAAAGCCAAGAUGCCCUCAGCCCUCAACACAGGCAGCCAAAGGGACUGGGGAAAGGGUAUGGCAUGUGUGGGACGCACUAAGGAAUGUACAAUAGUUCCCUCUAACCACUAUGGUCCCAUUCCUGGAGUUCCAGUGGGAACUACUUGGAAAUUUCGUGUGCAGGUGAGCGAGGCUGGUGUGCACAGGCCGCAUGUGGGGGGCAUCCAUGGACGCAGUAACGAUGGCUCCUAUUCGCUAGUGCUGGCGGGAGGCUUUGAAGAUGAAGUGGACAGGGGGGAUGAGUUCACCUACACAGGUAGUGGAGGACGAGACCUUUCUGGGAACAAGCGUAUUGGGGAACACUGUUUUGACCAGACUCUCACACACAUGAACAGGGCCCUGGCAUUGAACUGUGAUGCGCCCCUGAAUGAUAAAGACGGUGCAGAGUCCCGUAACUGGCGCGAGGGCAAGCCAGUCAGAGUGGUGCGCAGCUCCAAAGGCCGACGCAUCAGCAAGUACGCCCCCGAAGAAGGAAACCGCUACGACGGCAUCUAUAAGGUGGUGAAGUACUGGCCGGAGAUAGGGAAGUGUGGCUUCCUGGUGUGGCGGUACCUGCUGCGGAGGGAUGACCUGGAGCCUGCACCCUGGACUCCGGAGGGGGCUGACCGCAUCAAGAAGCUGGGCCUCAACGUACAGUACCCCCCAGGCUAUCAGGAAGCCAUGGCCAAUAAGACUAAGAAGGAAGCCACUAUGAGAGUGGGGGUGCCGGCCAAGAAACACGCUGGGAGAGGCCGACCCAAAAGUACACCCCCCGCAAAAAAGGCAAAACGAGAAAUGGAGGAUGAAGACAUGGACGUGCCAUUUGUCAUUACAGUCGACAAGCCUCAGAGCAAUGGCAGCCAGAAAACACCCAAGGACAAAGAGGUGUGUAAAGACAGCGCCCCUGCCCCCCUGAAGGAGAAGAAGGAAGUGGAGGCCUUCCAGCUGACGGAGGAGCAGAGGAGCCUCAUAAGAGAGGACCAACCCAACAAGAAGCUCUGGGAUGAAGCCACAGACUUCCUGCUCGAAGGACCAAACUUCCUGAAGAAAGUGGAGCAGAUGUUUAUGUGUGUAUGCUGCCAGGAACUCGCGUACCAGCCCGUUACUACUAUAUGCCUGCACAACGUCUGCAAGAGCUGUCUUCAGCGAUCAUUCCGUGCGGAGGUGUACACCUGCCCAGCUUGUCGUCACGACCUGGGGAAGGACUACGUCAUGGUCCUCAACAAGACACUACAGCAGCUUCUGGAUCAGUUCUUCCCUGGCUACAGCAAGGGCCGAUGAACUUCACAGUAAAUUACAUCCAUACAGACUCUUUUGAGCCCUCCAGAGCCUCUCCUCUCCUCUCCUCUCCUCGCCACCAGAUGCGUCCCACCUGACACACGUCCUGCAUCACAAGCCAGCUAUAUAAACACCAUCUUCUCAGCCAUGUACUAAAGAAGUUGUUUUUGUUCCCUAACCCUGUAAUGCUUCCACGUUGCCUUCCCUUGCGUCCAUUCGCCUCUGAGCUACCAGUCUGACACUACAACAGUAAAGUAACCCAGAUUAACGUGGUUCUACAUUUUAGAGUAGGGAUUCUUUCAAAAAGUUUAACACAUUCAUGAUGUUUUCACUAAAGUUACAUCAUCAUUUUAAACAUCAUGUUUUUUUCUGAAUGAAAAUCGGAUGUACAGUGAAAUCAGAAUUGGGAAUGAUACAAUCUAGCACUUAGCUUGAUUAUAUUGGGGUAAUUUGAGCUCAUUUUUUUUCAUUUCUUAAUUAAAUAUUUUUUUAAAUAAAUUACGCUUACUUUAACCUUGUGAAAAGAGUCUAGUCUCUAUAAUCCUAGGCAGGUUGAUAUAGCCUUUCUAAGAAAAACAGUUCAAACAUGCCCUUUCACAAAGGCAAACGAAGACAAACCAAAGUUUGCUCAGUGUUUCUGAACAAUGUUUUUUGCUGUCCCGAAUGGUGGGAAGGUUUCAUUUUAGCUGACGCCGACCAGAGAAGAAGCUUACAUCUUUUUAAAAACCGGGAACUGUCAAGGUUGUACAUUAGCCUCCAGUUCAAUACCAAGUUUUUUUUUAAUUGUCUAUCUACAGUAAGGUCGACAGUGCUUUAUUUGAGGAGCAAGUCUUUGUGUGUCUCCUUCAAAUGUUAUCUCGUUGGUUUCUUUCUCUGGUGAUGCAAUUUUAUUUCUGCUGUUUUUUAUAAAAUGCAAUUGCACAUGUUUAAUAUAAGCAUAUUGUCUUCAAAGCAAAAAUUGUGAUGUGCAAGCCUACCUUUCUCUUGUGGCAUUUGUUCUCCUACGAGAGGUUGCUAAUCAGACAUGUCAAUCCCAACCUCAGAACGUUAAAAAAAAACCUCCCAGCAUGUAUUUCUUUCUACCCAUGCGUGCACUUGAACAGGUGAUUUCACUUAUCGGCCUAUCUACCUGUCUAAUGAUUUAGAUGAUUCUAAAUUUUAAAAAAAAAUGUUGAAUCAAAUACUGUAUGUUGCAAUGAGAUGGUCGUCUGUAGCCUAACCUUAACACACAAAGAGGCAGAACAUAUUUUUGCCUGGUGAGUUGGUAUGGAACCGUAUCGUUGGUGGUCAGACACAAAAAGACUGUAAACCCCGUCCUCCAAUCAUAACGUGAGGGCUUACAAAUCAUUGGGGGUGGGUUAAUCAGUGGGUUCAUUCGUGAUGAAGCAGUGAUGCUUUUGCUAAGCAGCACGCAUACGGCCUUUGCUUUGAUGCAUUAACCAGAAUGCAUCAAACUGGCAAAGGGCGCAUGCGCACUGCCUAGCAAAAGCAGCACAGCUUCAUCACGAACGAACCCACUGUGUCUGUGAUCGCUCAUAGUGUGAAGAGGCAGUUUGGUUCCACCCACAGCCCUCAGCUUUCUGAAUUGUUUAGUGCCAGUUAUUGACUGUUUCAUGUUCAUGUUAUAGUCUGACUGGCCAGGCUAGGUUGCCUCUGAGGCUGGGAUUGACGCCUCUGUUGCGUGUCUCUUUCUAAAAUUCCUCUCUCUCUCUCUCUCUCUCUCUCUCUCUCUCUCUCUCUCUCUCUCUCUCUAUCUCUCUCUCCAUUGCGUUCCCCUGUCUUUCCAGUGACUGCAGUACUAACCUCUUCUCUAGACGUCAUGUGGAUGCAUCUCCUCAACAAUCUUGACAUUAGUGUUGUUUGUUGUAUGCUUAUUUUAAUUGCUCUUACUUAAAAAAAAACACACAAAAGAAAAACAAAAGAGAUUUUGAAAAGAGACAAUGUUAUGUCUAGUUAAAAAAAAAUGCUGAGUAAUACCAUUUUUAUCACUUAGUUUCCUAUCCUAUUUUGAUCAUCAGCUCUUUUUAUGUGGUUCUUUUCACCUGCUGCCGGGUCGGGUGGAACAGUUACAUUGCUUCAUAUUGUGAUUGAAAAUUUUAUAAAUGGUAUAAUAUGUACCUAUUAAAUAUUUUGAUUCCUGGAAGAAAAAAAACUUUUCCCCAUGCAUCUCCAUGGAUGUAUGAGUGAUACAUUAUUGUUCUAGUUGACAUUUGGAUGUAUUAAAGUGUAGUUUUUCCAAUUA